AUGGCCGGUCGCCUCUGGAUUAGGGAUGGCGCAGAACGAAAAUCGAUCACUUCCCAAGUCGUUUAUCUUCUCUGGCUUGCCGACCCUUUCUUCCUCGUUUACAUACCCUUUCUCCGUCUAUCUUCGGAGUUCACUGAUCGGGUAUUGGGAGAAGCUUUUCAAGCUAUGGCUUCGAAGCGUAUACUGAAGGAACUCAAGGAUCUGCAGAAGGACCCUCCUACUUCUUGCAGUGCUGGACCUGUGGCUGAAGAUAUGUUUCACUGGCAAGCAACCAUCAUGGGGCCAGCGGACAGUCCUUACUCAGGUGGUGUAUUCCUUGCUACAAUCCACUUCCCUCCUGACUAUCCAUUCAAGCCCCCAAAGGUCGCUUUCAAGACCAAGGUUUUCCAUCCUAAUAUCAAUAGUAAUGGAAGCAUAUGUCUUGAUAUUCUCAAGGAACAGUGGAGCCCUGCACUUACCAUCUCAAAGGUCUUGCUUUCAAUUUGUUCAUUGCUGACUGAUCCAAAUCCUGAUGAUCCGCUUGUACCUGAGAUAGCCCACAUGUACAAGACCGACAAGGCCAAGUAUGAGUCUACUGCUCGUAGCUGGACUCAGAAAUAUGCCAUGGGAUGAUAUGAUAAAGACACUCUUGAUGUCCAAUAUAUUGAGAUUUUGAAAGCAAAUGGUAUUCUGUUGACUUCUUUGGAGCAUCUAAUGCUACUAUUGCUGAAUUUGAAGUUUGUUUUGACCCUUUUGUGGUGAAACCAGUUAAUCCGAGUCUUGUUUAUCAUUUAUGUAU